GUUAGUGUUUUGUGUUUACAUUUUGAGUGAAUCUCUAUUUUUAUCAAUCAUUUCAUGUCUGAACUCAUCAACGAUUCAAACGUUUGGACACAAUAUUUGUCAAUAGAUUUGUCAGACAAUGAGUACUAAUAAGUGGUUCGGCUCUCGGACUACAAGAAGGGAACAGAUGUCACAACAGGAGGCACUCAUUCUCCAAAGGAAACUGGAGAUCGAAAGCAAACUGAAGAGCAAAGAGACACCAUCGACGACAUCGUCGACAACGUCAUCGACGUGUGAAGAGCCGACACCGACGGAUCAACCGGAUGUGAUACCAACGACCACCGAAUUUCUACCAAAUCCAGAGAGUCCAACCAUUACAAUCAUCGACGAACCAACUUCUUCUUCUUCUUCAUCAUCCAAUAAAUUUCAAAAUGAUGGCUCAUUUUUGGCCAAAUUUCUUGAGAUGAGUAAACAAAAUCAGCCAAACAGUCAAAUAAAGAUCGAAACUGAAAGUACAACACACGAGGAGACGACGGACACCAAGAAAACAAUUAAACCGAUAAAAAUGGUUAUCAAAGACAAUACAUCCAAAUUAAAAGCAGUUAAUUCGACAGAUGAAUCAAAUGUUAAACUAGAGGAUGACAUCAAAGUCUUUUCACCAGAGGAUAAGGAAAUUGAAUUGGCUAUUGAGAGGACUGCCAUUACUGUUGCUAUGAAUGGAGACAACGCCGAAGAGACUAUGCGACAAUCGACUCUUGAGGAUAUAAAUUAUAGUUGGUUGAGAGAUACAGAGUCUGAAUAUUAUAAAUUUUAUCAGAAAAGAACUCAAGAGCUAACAGAAGCCAAAAUGUGGGCACAAAAUGAAUCGAGUGGCGAGUCGUCAGAAAGCAAACCAAAGCGACAACGAAAAUCUCGAUGGAGUGAUGAAAAGGUGGUUUUGCCAACAGAUCCAACUUUGAUUCAAUACGCCCUUCAAGUGUUUGGAACAACAGAUCUGACUGAAGACCAGUGGAAACAAUUAGAAGAUCAAAGGAAAAUGAAAUUUUUGUUUGAAAUGUUACAGAAUAAACAAAAACAGAAUGAAAUGUUGGCUCAAAAAGGAAAAGUUAAGUAUGAAUAUGAUUCAGAUGAAGAUGUAGAGGACGGCACGUGGGAACACAAGAGGAGAAGGCAAGAAAUGGUAAAGACUCAGAUCUUGGCUCAACAAUUGACUGAAAAGGCCGCCGGAAAGCAUCACAUCGGAGAUUUCAUGCCUCCUGAAGAGUUGGACAAGUUUAUGAAAAAAUGGGAUGCAGUCAAAAAUGGAGCACCUCUUCCAAGUGAUUCCGAUUACAGCGAUUCCAAACUACAAGAAGAUAACGUAGGUUUUCAGAUGCUUAAGAAAUUGGGUUGGACUGAGGGACAGGGUUUGGGUGCUUCCGGUACUGGCACUCAGGAACCGAUUAAUAAAGGAGCAGUUGCUGUAAAUAAUGCCGGUUUAGGUCAGAAUCGUCCCGAAGAACUCAACACUACUGAUGAUGAAUACGAAGCAUAUCGCAAGCGAAUGAUGAUGGCCUACAGAUUUAGACCAAAUCCAUUGAACAAUCCCCGACGGGCUUACUAUUAAUUAACAUUUAAAAAAAACAAUUUGUUGACUAUUGUAAUGAUAUAAACGGUA